GCUCACAGUAACAGACUCUGCAUCUCGCCAGUUGUCAACAACAGAUGGAAUUUUGGAAUGUGUAAUAGUUAAAACAACCACGACAAAGAGCGCUUUGAGGUUGUGUUAGACAUUGCGCAAUGCUUGAGUCAAGCACUAACAAUAGCUUCAAGUUGUUUGUUUCUGUGACUCCGAGUCGGACACGGUCAGUUUUGCCUGUGGACCGCCAUGACCUCAGCAUACCCUCAAACAACCUCAUCAUCUCCUGCUCAUAAUUUGGUCAUCCCACCAGUACUACACUCUCCUCCGUCACUUUCAAAUCUCAAAGAUCACCAUUUCAACACAGGCCACCUAUACGUGACCACUCCGACUCUUGGAAGUUCAGCAUCAUCUGUAACGAAUCUUGAUUUGAAUGACGGCAUACUUGUCCACGAGGUGGACCCAGAGGUGGACACCACACACAGCGAAGAUACCACUGCAGUUGGCCAGAUAGAUGAUGUAGCUGGUGAAGAAUCCAGGAAGAACCUGCGGGAUCAUCUACGGCGGACUUUGAGUGUUCAGAGGGAGAAAUCAGGUAUUUUUAUCUUGAUCAGUGCAUACUAGCACUUCUAAGAGUGUUGCAGACGCAAAGCGAAAAACUGAUGAAUUUCUAGAAAUUAGUUCUGUGUUUGCUGACACAACUCUUGAAGAAUAUAGACCUCGAGAGUACUUUGUACUCACC